AUGCUCCUGCGCUAUGCCUUCUCUCGGCUACGGUCAACCCAAGUCGCUGUGGUUCACUGCAGUGCCCAGACAUCAUCUCGCCAUGUCCUGCAAAAGCUUGGUCAGACCUGCCUGCUGCUCAGCUCUAACACCGGUCGAGUCUUCAGACCCAAAGACUGUGAGAACCUUGUGCUCUACCUAAAAGACAUCAACCUACCUAAACCUGAUAAAUGGGGGACCAGCAACCUCAUUGCCUUCCUGCAACAGGUUUUGACAUAUAAGGGAUUCUAUGAUGAAAAUCUGGAGUGGGUGAGUCUUGAGAACAUCCAGGUGGUGGCCUCCAUGUCAACAGGGGGUGCUGUAGGGAGCCAUUCUCUCACCUCCCGCUUUUCAUCUAUAGUUCGUAUCUGCACUAUAGACUAUCCAGACAGGGAGCAGCUACAGACUAUCUACUCAGCAUACCUGCAGCCAGUUCUCCAGCAUAGUCUGGGCAGCCAGGCUUCCUGGGCCAGCACAGGGAAAACACACCAGCUGGCUGGGUCUCUUGUGCAGCUCUAUGAACAGGUGAAAGCCAAGUUUACAGUUGAUGACCACAGCCACUACCUGUUUACCCCCUGCAUCCUCACAGAAUGGGUCCUCAGCCUGCUGCGAUAUGACCUCACUGCAGCUCAAUCUAAUGUGACAGACAGCGUGUUGGAGGUGGUAGCAUAUGAGGCCAGGAGGCUGUUUAGAGACCGGCUAGUUUCCUCCAAAGACCUUCACACCUUUGAUAACAUCCUCUCCUCCAUCAUAAGGGGAGACUGGGGCUCUGACACUCUAGAUAACAUGACUGAUGGUUUCUAUGUGACAUGGGGAGCCACUGAAGGGGCUGUAUUGGCUCCAGGCCAGUCUCUACCUCCUCAUGGUAAACAACUGGGACGCCUGGAUUCUGCUGACCUAAAACAAGUUAUACAGAAGGGAGUAGUGCUGUACAGUCGUGAUAACAGGGAGCUAGAUCUUCUCCUUUUCUGGGAAGUGUGCGACUUUGUGUCCAGGGUGGAUCGGGUACUAAGUCGGCCCGGUGGCUCUCUGCUUCUGGCGGGCCGGAGUGGAGUGGGUCGGCACACAGCCACGUCCCUGGUGUCACACAUGCUCGGAUACACAUUGUUCACGCCCAAAAUCUCCCGUGGUUAUACUCUUAAGCAGUUCAGCAAUGAUCUCAAGACGGUGAUGCAACUGGCAGGUCUGGAGGGCCAGCAGAUUGUUCUACUGUUGGAAGAUUAUCAGUUUGUCCACCCUGCUUUCUUAGAGAUGGUCAACAGCCUGUUGUCAUCAGGUGAAGUUCCAGGUCUGUACACCCCAGAAGAACUGGAGCCUCUCCUCUCCUCCCUCAAAGAUGCUGCUUCCCAGGAUGGAUUCACCGGACCACUCUACAACUACUUUUCCUACAGAAUCCAGCAGAACCUCCACAUUGUUCUGAUCAUGGACUGCUCCAACUCUAACUUCACCAUCAACUGUGAGAGCAACCCAGCUUUCUACCGCAAGUGCUCUGUCCAGUGGAUGGAAGGAUGGUCUGAAAGCAGCAUGAAGAAGAUUCCUGAGUUGCUGCUGGCAAAAACAGAAGGAGGAGGGGAGGAGAAUGAACGAGACAAGUCCACAAAGGGGAGAAGCUCAGCAGGAUAUGCUCAGGGAGACCUGUGCCAUUUGUUCCUGAUGGUCCAUGAGUCAUGUAGAGAACAUGGUGCCACACCCAGCCAGUACAUGUCCUUUCUGCAUGUUUACACUGCAAUAUAUAGCCGGAAGCAGAGCCAGCUCACAACGAGACAACUGCAUCUACAGGCAGGAGUGUCUAAGAUGAACGAAGCUAAGGCAUUGGUCGAUGAGUUGAAGAGGCGGGCUGCAGAGCAGAGUGCACUGCUGAAGACCAAACAACAGGAGGCAGAUUCUGCCCUGCAGGAAAUCACCACCUCCAUGCAGAAUGCCAGUGACCAGAAGACAGAAAUGGAAAAGAUAAAAGGCAAGAUGGCUCAAGAAGUGACCAAGAUUGAAGAGAGAAAGGCCAAAAUAGAUGAUGAGCUGAAGGAAGUACAGCCUUUGGUAGAUGAAGCAAAGCGUGCAGUAGGAAACAUCAAGCCCGAAGCUCUGUCAGAGAUUCGCUCCCUCCGCAUGCCCCCUGAUGUAAUCAGAGACAUCCUGGAGGGGGUACUGAGACUGAUGGGCAUCUUCGACACCUCCUGGGUCAGCAUGAAGAGCUUUCUGGCUAAGCGUGGUGUGAGGGAGGACAUAGCUACAUUUGAGGCCAGGAACAUCACCCCUGAGAUUCGCCUGAGUGUGGAAGAGCUGCUCAACAGGAACAAGGCCUCCUUUGAUCCCAAGAAUGCAAAGCGUGCAAGUGCGGCAGCUGCUCCUCUGGCUGCCUGGGUCAAAGCCAACGUCCAAUACUCCCGAGUCCGAGAGAGGAUAGAGCCACUGGAGAGAGAGCAGGCUGGACUACUGGAAAACCUGAGGAAAACGGAGAGUAGAAAGAAUAAGCUGGAGGACCAGCUCAACUCUGUUGGAGCCAAAGUAAACGAGCUGAAAGAGAAGUUUCAGUGUUAUACUACAGAGGCAGCUAAGUUGGAGGCUGAGGUGACAAAAGCUCAGGACACGAUCACUGCAGCCCAGCAGCUUAUAUCACAACUGGACGGGGAACACACACGGUGGAACGCACAGAUGUCUGAGAUAAAGAACGAGUUGGACACGCUCCCUAUGAGGGCUAUGCUUGCUGCGGCGUUCAUCACCUAUCUGUCUGCGGCUCCUGAAGACCGUAGAAAGCACUGUCUGGAGACGUGGAUGGCUCAAUCUGGACUUCAGAAGUUUGAUUUACGGUCAUUCCUGUGCACGGAGAGUGAGCAGUUGAUCUGGAAGAGUCAAGGGCUGCCGUCUGAUGAUCUCUCCAUGGAGAACGCACUUGUCAUACUACAGAGUGUGGCCUGUCCAUUCCUGAUCGACCCGUCAUCCCGAGCUACAGAGUGGCUAUGUACACAUCUCAAACAGCACAGACUAGAGGUUAUCAACCAACAGGAUACAAACUUCAUGACAUCCCUGGAGCUGGCGGUCAGAUUUGGAAAAACUCUUAUUAUCCAAGAGAUGGAUGGAGUUGAACCUGUGCUCUACCCACUGCUGAGGAGGGAACUCAUAGCACAGGGUCCUAGAUAUGUGGUUCAAAUAGGAGACAAGGUUAUUGACUACAAUGAGGACUUCCAUCUCUUCAUGGCAACACGGAAUCCCACCCCUGUCAUACCCCCUGAUGCUGUUUCCGUCAUCACAGAGGUCAACUUCACUACCACAAGGGCAGGCUUGCGAGGGCAGCUGCUAGCCUUGACAAUCCAGCAGGAGAAGCCAGAGUUGGAGACUGAAAAAACAAGACUACUGCAACAAGAGGAGGACAAGAAGAUACAGCUGGCUCAGUUGGAAGAAUCACUGUUAGAGACCCUGGCUACAGCUCAGGGUAAUAUUCUGGAAAACCGGGAGCUCAUAGACAGUCUCAACCAGACCAAGGCCAGCAGUGCCCUGAUCCAGGAGUCACUACUGGAAUCACACAGGCUGCAGGCAUCUCUGGACCAGGAGCGGGAUGCCUACCUGCCUCUUGCAGAGAGUGCCAGCAAGAUGUAUUUUGUCAUCACAGACCUGUCGAAGAUCAACAACAUGUAUCGCUUCAGUCUUGCUUCUUUUCUGCGCCUCUUCCAAAGGGCUCUUCAGGCCAAGAAGGAAGCAGAUAAUACCGAAGCCAGGAUUGCUGCUUUAGAGGCCUGUUUAAAGAAUAUGGUGUAUGAGUACAUCUGCCGGUCCCUUUUCAAGGUAUGAAAGAGCUCUCCCCCCCUCCUCUGAACCUACGGCGUCUUUACACUGAGACAUUGGAAUGGGAGCCCGUGUUGAUCAUCAUCUCUCCAGGGGCAGACCCAUCCCAGGAGCUUGCAGAACUAGCAGCUGAAACCGUGGGCAGGGACAAUUAUCAUGAGAUCUCUAUGGGUCAGGGACAGGCUGAUGUGGCCUUAGCUACACUCAGAGAAUGUUCCCGAAAUGGAGACUGGCUUUGCCUGAAAAACCUUCACCUUGUCACUUCAUGGCUACCCCUUCUGGAAAAAGAGCUAAAUGUGCUACAUCCCAAAGCAGGCUUCCGUCUCUGGCUGACAGCAGAAGUUCACCCCAGAUUUCCUCCCAUACUGCUGCAGUCCAGCCUUAAGAUCACUUAUGAGG